CUUUGAACAUUCAAAAUAACAUGGCUACUCAUUUGACUGACAAUUGUCUUUUCUGCAAAAUCAUCAGAGGCGAGAUUCCUUCUCACAAGGUCGCCGAGACUGAGAAGAGUUUCUGUUUCCUUGACAUUAACCCCUUGAGUGAGGGUCAUGCUCUUGUUAUCCCAAAGUACCACGCGGAGUUCUUCCAUCAGUUGCCUGAAGAUCAUUUGGCUGACAUCCUUCCUUUGGCUAAGAAGGUGGCUGUGGCUAGUGGAUUGAAGGAGUACAACCUUCUCCAGAACAAUGGACCCAUGGCCCAUCAGGUUGUUCCUCACGUUCAUUUCCACAUCAUUCCUAAGAAUAAGCCUGAGGACGGUCUCAAGAUUGGAUGGCCCCAGCUCCAGCCUAGCCAGGAUUCCCUGAAGGCUACAUUGGCUCGUAUCAAGGAGAAGUUGUAAAUAGCUUGAAAAUAAAAUGAAUUCAAUUGAAUUCAAUUGAAUUGAGAUGAAUUGAAAUGAAUUGAAUUGAAUUGAAAUGAAUGGAAUUGAAUAUACAUAAAUAUGUACAUGUAUAAUUAAAAAAAGAAGUAAUACUAAUACUAAUACUAAUAGUAUUAUUAUUAUUACUAUUACUAUUUGCUAUUUGCUAUUUGCUAUUUAAUAUAUUCAUAUUUAUAUAUUUCAUAUUUACAACGAUAAAUUCAUGGUUUUAUUUUUGGCAAGUUCGUUAUUAAAACUUCUUGUCAUGCUUUCUCUGUAUUAAUAGUGUUCAAUAAAUUAAUGCAGAAAUGAAUUGCU